CAGGGAGGAAGGGAAGAAAGCGGCAGGCAGGAGGGCAGAAGCGAGGGAGGGGAAGAAGCGUGUUCACCCAGACCUAACCACCCUCUCUCCAAGUUAUUCUCACUGUGGUUCCCUCCCCGGUUGUGACGGAGUCUGAGUCCUCGGCAGGAAUUUUGAGCUUCACCCGGGCCUCCCACUGGAAUACAAGCUCCUCAAGGGAACGAGAUCAGCAGAACCUAGAAUGCUGCCUUGCAUAUGGAGGUUCCUGAGUCCAAAUCUGGUUCCUAAGAAACAUCAAAGGACGCCUGCACCAGAGGCCUUAGAAGGGUCUCCUUGGCAGCAGACUCCGUCCACUGUGUGACAGAAUGACAUCCCCCACCAGUGUGCUCUCUUCAUUGCUGCUGCUGGUGACUGUUGCAGGUUGCGCCCGGAGCCGAUGCAGCGAGGGGAGGACGUUCGACAAUGCCAUUGUCUCACCCAACCUGGCAACAACCAGAAUCAUGCGGGUGCCACAGCCCAGCCCCGUGGCAGACUGCACGGCCGCAUGCUGUGAUGUGGCCAGCUGUGACCUGGCCUGGUGGUUUGAAGGCCGCUGCUACCUGUUGAGCUGCCCACGCCCUGAGAACUGCGAGCCCCAGAAGACCGGCUCGGUGAGGUCGCACCUCACCUUUGUGCUCAGGCCAGCCCCGAGGCCAACACAACUGCUGGACUACGGGGAGAGGAUGCUGCAGGCCAGGGGCUCUCCCUCGGGACUCUGGGGGGACUCUCCGGAGGACAUCAGAAAAGACUUGCCCUUCCUAGGCAAGGAGCAGGCCCCCGAGGAGCCGGCCAGGUACUUGGCGGACUACAGGGAGCCCGAACUAGACCUUGUCCAGCCCCACCGGCAGCAGGAGCCUAGAGGGAGAGCCCAGGACCCCCGUGGGGACGUGCACUCCGGAGGCCCGGCGGGCAGCACCUCCUCCACUGGACACAGCCGUCCGACAGCCGCAGAGAAGCAGGGGGAGCCCGCGCCCCGUCAGCCGAAUGGGUCGGCCUGGAUUCCGGCCCUGAAACACACCUCAGAGAGCAGGUCGUUGGUCACAAGUCCACCCUCAGGAGAGGUGCGGGGAAAGGAGACUUUUCCGCUCCAGGAACAGCCCAGCAGCAGCUCUGGAGAAGAGGGUCUCAUGCUGUCCUAUGAUCCUCUAGCCAGACUGGAGUUCAGCCCAGCCUCCACAGAGGAGAACCCACCUGUCACAGUCCCCACGUGGCACCCAGAGCAUGGUGCCAUGACCCUUCCCGCUAGCCUCGUCCCCGCUGAGCCUACCCCAUCCCAGCAACCUGAAUCUCCGCCCACUGCUCCUGGGACAGCACAAGAGCUCGUGGUGUCUGCUGGAGAUAACCUGAUACUGACUUUACCUGAAAAUGAAGUGGAGCUGAAGGCUUUUGUUGUGUCAGCCCUACCUGCAGAAACCGCAUACAGCUAUGAAUGGAGUUUAAUGCACCACCCUGAAGACUACCGAGAUGAAAUAAAAGAAAGGCACAUGCAAACUCUUAAUCUCUCUCAAUUGUCAGCGGGACUUUAUGCCUUCAAAGUAGCAGUUUCUAGCGAGAAUGCCUUUGGAGAAGGAUUUGUCAAUGUCACUGUUAAGCCAGCCAGAAGAGUCAACCUGCCCCCCACAGCUGUUGUGUCUCCCCAGACGCAAGUGCUCACCCUGCCUUUGACGUCUGCCCUCAUCGACGGCAGCCAAAGUACAGAUGACACUAAAAUCGUGAGUUAUCAUUGGGAAGAAGUUAAUGGCCCCUUCCAAGAGGAGAAGACCCCAGCUGAUUCCCCCACCUUACGUCUGUCUAAUCUGGUUCCAGGAAACUACACUUUCAGAUUGACUGUUACAGACUCCGAUGGAACCUCUAAUUCCACAACUGCAGCACUAAUAGUCAACAGUGCUGUGGACUGUCCUCCAGUUGCCAAUGCAGGACCAAAUCAGACCAUAACUUUGCCCCAAAACUCCAUCACUUUGAAUGGAAACCAGAGCAGUGAUGAUCACCAGAUUGUCCUCUAUGAGUGGUCCCUGGGUCCAGGGAGUGAGAACAAAGAGGUGGCCAUGCAGGGUGUCAAGACACCAUACCUUCAUUUGUCUGCCAUGCAGGAAGGAGACUAUACAUUCCAGCUGAUGGUGACAGAUUCUUCAAUGCAGCAGUCCACUGCCGUAGUCACUGUGACUGUCCAGCCUGCAAGCAACAGGCCUCCGGUCGCUGUGGCCGGCCCCGACAAGGAGCUGGUCUUCCCAGUAGAGAGCACCAUGCUGGAUGGCAGCAGGAGCAGAGACGACCAGGGCAUCGUCCUCUACCACUGGGAACACGUCAGAGGCCCCAGCACAGUGGAGAUGGAAAAUACAGACAGAGCUAUAGCCACCGUAAGCGGGCUCCAGGUGGGUACCCACCACUUCCAACUGACAGUGACAGACCGGCAGGGGCUGAGCAGCACAGCCACCCUCACCGUGGUGGUGAGGAAGGAAAAUAACAGUCCUCCCAGAGCCCAGGCUGGUGGCCACCAUGUGCUUGUGCUUCCCAAUAACUGCAUUACUUUGGACGGUUCAAAGUCUAUUGAUGACCAAGGAGUUGUGUCCUACCUGUGGGUCCGGGACGGCCAGAGCCCAGCUGCUGGGGAUGUCAUUGAUGGCUCUGACCACAGCGCCACCCUGCAGCUUACCAAUCUGGUGGAGGGCGUCUACAAAUUCCGCCUGCGUGUUAUUGACCGUCAGGGAGCCUCAGACACAGACACUGCCACCGUGGAAGUACGGCCAGACCCGAGGAAGAGUGGCCUGGUGGAGCUGAUCCUGCAGGUGGGCGUGGGGCAGCUGGCAGAGCAGCAGAAGGACACCCUUGUGAGGCAGCUGGCAGCACUGCUGAACGUGCUGGACACAGACAUUAAGGUUCAGAAGAUCCAGGCCCACUCAGAUCUCAGCACCGUGAUUGUGUUUUAUGUACAGAGUGGGCCACCUUUCAAGGUUCUCAAAGCUGCUGACGUGGUCCAAAAUCUGCACAGGCAACUCGCAAAGGAGAAGGCUGAUUUCUUGCUCUUCAAAGUCUUGAGGAUUGACACAGCAGGCUGCCUUCUGAAGUGCUCUGGCCAUGGUCACUGUGACCCCAUCACAAAGCGCUGUGUGUGCUCCCAGUUAUGGAUGGAGAACCUGAUACAGCGUUACAUCCAGGAUGGGGAGAGCAACUGUGAGUGGAGUAUCUUCUAUGUGACAGCGUUGGCUCUCACUCUCCUAGUGCUGAUGGGGGGCUUGCUCUGGCUGUGCAUCUACUGCUGCAAGAGACGAAAAAGGACUAAAAUAAGAAAGAAAACCAAGUAUACCAUCCUGGAUAACAUAGAUGACCAGGAAAGAAUGGAGUUGAGGCCGAAAUUUGGUAUCAAACACCGAAGCACAGAGCACAACUCCAGCUUGAUGGUUUCUGAGUCUGAGUUUGACAGUGACCAGGACACAAUCUUCAGCCGAGAAAGAAUGGAAAGAGAGAAUCCAAAAGUUUCUAUGAAUGGCUCCCUCAGAAAUGGAGCUUCCUUCAGCUGUUGCUCAAAGGACAGAUAAUGGAGCAGUUGUAAACCUGAAGACCACCCAUGGGAUCGUUUAACCCAGGACUAGUUAAAACACAGGGAGUUAAAACACAGAACUGUUGUUACAUUAGCACAUCGAUGUCUUUGCACACCGGGUGGAUGUGUCCCUGUGUUUAGAAGAUCUGUUUUCUCAGGGUGUUGGAGACAUGAAACAAAAUAGAAACAUUGCUCUUAACAGAGAUGCUUGUUAAUAGGGAUAAAGGUUGGGAAAGAUACUAGUUAUAUACUUAAAAGAGUUUUGUGUUUUGUAGCUGGCUCAGUAUAUUACCUAUAUUAAAGACUAACACCUGUUUCUCUCUGCAGACCUUUAGGUAAGUUAAAUAUUAAUUUAAAGAGGGCUGAUUUCUCUUAGGAGCUGUGACUGCCUUUGAGGACGACUUUCUGAAUGCUGUUUCUCUGGUAGGACCCAUAUAGUCAUGUGGCUGUAUAUUCUAAAGUAGUUCAUCUGACAUGUGGGUUGUCUUCUGUGUGGCAAGUUUUCUGUGCCAACUGAGACACCCAUACAAAGGCCCCUCGCUACGUUAAUCCCUUGCUAUGGCCAACCACUAUUUCUGUGCCCUUUGUGGACAGCAGCUCCUGGAAGUCGGAGAGCUAAAUAAAAAUUAUAUUAUGAGAACCAGAGGCUAUAGAAAGGGAGGGGGGAGAUUAAUGACCUGUAAGUUGACAGUUGAAGAAAGUAUGUUAACAUUCUUUGCCUUUUCUUUGUCGUAGGAAAACAAACUACUAUGAGCCCUUUCCUAGCCCCAAUUUACAUUACACGUGAUAAAAGUGAUUUAUUAACUCAUGGAACAUUUGGUUGAGUAUGUACAUAGGCCAUGCAUUUGGAUUGCCAUAGAUCGUGAUAAUGACUCGGUGACUUUGUAUAGAUUCCCAAACUCUGAAAUGAAGUCCGUCUUAAUGAGGAUGGUAUGCUCAUGAUAAUUGGCCCCUACAGAUACUUCCCACAAUAACAAAUUGACGUAGACAUUCAUGUUUAAAGUUAUGUUUAUUUAACCAUUUUUUUCUACAAAAUCUUAUUUUAAAUAUAUGGGGAAAAAAAAAAACAUCAAGCAUAUAGCCCCCCAGAGCAGUGAACUGGAGUGAACUAUAGCCUGAGAAGGUGGCUGGCUUGCAGGUAGUUCUCUAUCCACCCAUAGUCUCGAGGCUGUGGCCUGGGAGGUCCCCUUGGCAUUCUUCAGGAAGAUUAGAAUAGAGGUGGGGUGCAUCACAGAAUCAGUGUUGUGGCCUCAGGCAUGAACAUACCUGAAGAGUAUCCUGGUGCACAAGUUCCUGUGAAGCUAAGAUUCAUUUAAAUGAAAACUAAUUAGAUUUUCAUUUAAUGAGUUCCCUCAGGACAGCAACAAUUGGGAAAAAUAGCUCCUGUGGUGGGUCCUUAAAAAAACAAAAACAAAAACUAAGCUUUCAGAUGCUUUUGUUCUCUCUGGUCACAUUCAUCCUUGUGAGAUCAUCAUGUAUUUAAUUUUUGUACUUUUUGGGGAAUAGCUGAACUAAAAAGUAUGUAAGACUAAUUUUAUUUUAAAAAAUAAUUUCUCUGCUUCUGUCUCUACUUUCUGUAUUGCUAGUGAGUUCAAUAUACUAUCUGUGAUGUUAGAAGGAAGAUGUGAUGGUUUUUACACCAAUAUUUAUCUUGAUAAACGAUAUCUAGCAUAUCUAGCAAACAGAGUUAUGUUACUUUGUGUACAAACAGAAAUCUUGGCUUCGAGGAAUGCAGCCCAAAUAUGAGGUCAGUAGAGUGCAGUGAGAAAGAAGGGAGCAAACGUUUGUUAAGUGUUUUAUGUGCAUGAUACAUGUGUUCUAUAUACCCAGCUGGUCUGUACAGUCAACCUAGAAAAAUAGAUGUUAUUAUUCUCAUGUUGCAGAUAGCCAUCUGACAUCUCAGAGAGGUUAAUUAAGCAAUUUGCACAAGGUCAGUAGAUCUGGUAACUGAAUGCAAAAUUUUUAAGCUGUAAAGCCAAUGCUUUCCACCCUCCUCCCCUACUACCCAAAGAUCUCCCACCCUCAACCAUUGGACAGCAAAUUCUCGGGGCGAGGGGGGGGGCUUUUGGAUUGUCUGUUCCUGUGACCCAGAGGAAUUCCUUCAGAUGGUGGAUGGAACACAAAAUACAGAGAGGGAAGCCUCUCUCUCUCUCUCCUGUGGGGUCCCACCCUGCGCCACCACCCUGGGUUUCAGAGUGCCACUUCCCCCUGCCCUGGGCUGUGCCUGGCCUUCUCAGCCUCCCUCAACUAUUGGUGGACCUCAACCUCAUGUGUACCAGGCAGCGGCGGUCCGCCCUCCUCAGUACCCUGCGGUCCCAGGCAGACCAGCUCGGGGUGAACGAGCGCCGUCUCCUUCAUGCUGUCCCACAGCAUAUCCCCGGGCCCAUGGAGGGAAGGGGCUCUGGCAGCUCCAAUGGAGAAACCAGCCCACGAUUCCCUUCCAGUCAGUGCAAGAGGAUGUGAGCUGGUACUAGGAGGCUGGUCCUGUGUGUGACUGAAGAAAGCAAGACAGCACAGUGCAGGAGUCACUACCAGCCUGGAGGCAGGACACUCAAGACCCCAUCCUGUAAAGUAUUUCCCAGGUCUGACAGGGUCCUCGUUCUAGGACCGCAUGUAUGAGACGUGGCCAGUCUAAAUAAAGGUGUCUAUUUCUAUGACGCCUAGUUGUAACUGGGAGUUUACUUCAUUCUUCGCAUGAGGCGCUUCCCUUGGGUGAGAGUCCAUAAGCUGGCCAGUGACCUGUUUUGUGUGACCCGUUUUGUGUGACCCGUGAGCGAGGGAUGGUUUUCAUAUUUCCAAAUGGUUGGGGAAAAUCAUAAGGCUGUUGUGAGACUUCAGUGGAGUUUGUAUUUCAGUGUGCACUAAUAAAGCCUUCAUGGAACCCAUGCAUCUCA